AUGGGUCAUGGACGCCCAGUGAAGAAGAAAAGAAAUAUAAGUGGUCUCUGGAAUCAAGCUCCCCACACUGCUGAGCUACUUGAAUCCAUUUCUGAGGUGGCAGAGCAAGUAGAUCAAUCUGUUGAGGAUGUGGAUAGUGGAUAUGCCAAUGAUCGGAAUCACCUAGAUGUGAAGGACAAUGCCAGUAGUGAGAAGGAGGAUGACAUGAACUCUGACUUUGAGUCUGAUGAUGAGUGGAAAGGUUUAAUGAGUGAGGUGCUUGGAAAAAAGUUGGCGGCACUAUCUUGUGAGAUCAAUGGAGAUCAGAAGGAUCUCGACUGGAUUCCCUAUAAAUUGAGGCCAAAGAAAGACAACGAUGGUUCAGUCAGUCGGCAUGUCUCCAUUGGACCCUCCAUCCCUGAAUCUGAAUCAACAGAAAGGGGUGCUGCAGAAGACGAUUCUGGUAAUGAUUCAGAACAAGAGGAUGAUGAUAUGGAACCCACCCCAGAAAAACUCUGGCCUGAGGAAAUGGAGGCCUGGCAAGAAGAACUGGAGGAAGAUGUUACUGUCCAUUCCACAGACAUCAAGACCUCGGAUCACUAG